ACAGCUAGCAAGCACAGGCACUUCUUAAAGGAUGUGAUUUUUCACGGCAAAUUUCAGGUGAGUGGAAUGACGAAGAUACAGUAUGUAUGGAUUUAUAUAAUGGGGGAAAGCUUCAUCACAUAACAGUUUGUUUUUAUAGUAAAGAUAAGUUUGGCAGUUAUUUCACUUGCUUUUAAAGUUUGAUUUGUUGGGAAAUAAUAGGUGGAAGUAUGUUUGUUGAGUGUAAAUGUAGUUUAAAAACCUACUUACACAUCAAGUUGGUUAAGUAAUAGCCUGAAUACAUAUAUUCUGCCUUUUGUUAAUCCAUCCUUUAUAACUUUUUUGCCAGGUUUUUAUCUCAAUAUAGUUGAGAAAUGGCUUGACCUGGUUUGGCAGUUUGUAGAGAGAUAAUUAUCAUGUAGGCUAAAAACAGAACAAGUAUCUGCUGUAGACGUCUGACACGUUUUACUGUCUUGUUCCAAGGCGCGGAGUUAGUCUCAGCACAGAGGGGGCGGGGUGUCCUCGAGGGGCCCGUCUGACCAAAUCAUUUACAAAAAUGAAUAGCUGAUAUGGCCUAUCAUAAAUGCAAAUUGCAAAUUAGGCUGUUAGGCAGUCAGCCGCUGAAAAUAAAUGUGACCAGUCAUGAUUAUCAGUCUAUAGGGAAUUAAAUUGGCUCGUGUGUAUUUUCAUACAGAGCCUAGUUUGAGCAGAAUAUCACCUGUUGCGCAGCGAGAGAUCACAAUCACAGCUCAUCAAAUCACAUUUUAUUUGUCACAUUGAGGGAGAGGUUGUUGUCCUGGCACCACACUGCCAGGUCUCUGACCUCCUCCCUAUAGGCUGUCACAUUGUUGUCGGUGAUCAGGCCUACCACUGUUGUGUCGUCAGCAAACUUAAUGAUGGUGUUGGAGUCGUGCUUGGCCACGCGGUCGUGGGUGAACAGGGAGUACAGGAGGGGACUAAGCACGCACCCCUGAGGGGUCCCCGUGUUAAGGAUCAAACAUGUGUUCUUAUACGCCCACUCAUUGCGCAAUAUUUCUACAUGCAACAGAGUUUUGAUGUCCACUGUUAAAAAGAGGAAGAUCCUAGCUUUCCAUUGCUACUGUAGGCUAAUUAUUUCUCAACUCUUAAUAUUAAGCAACAACCAAUCGAGUGCAGGCAUAUGGUAGGCUAUCAUCAGCAACCUUGCAAUCUGAGCUGGAAGCAGUCUGCAUGUUGAAAACAUGCAUGUUGAAAACAUAUACUGUAGGUAACAAACUAAUUUAUGACGUGCGGCCCCACUCCACAUCCGGCUAGCUAGCUGCCACAGAGAACUUAACUAAUUGAUCAUAAAAGCAGCGAUAGAGGAGAGUGGGGUAAUUUGAACCAAAGGGGUAAGUUGAGCCCCGCUUGUUUCUAGGAAACGAUACACAAAAUCUAUUAUUUUACCAAAUAUUUAGGUAGAGGUCAUAAUUUCAUUAAGUACUGUAUGUGAAGGAAGAACCACAUGGAAAAGGUGGUUUUUUAUUUAUUUAUUUUAUUUCACCUUUAUUUAACCAGGUAAGCCAGUUGAGAACAAGUUCUCAUUUACAACUGGGACCUGGCCAAGAUAACGCAAAGCAGUGCGGUAAAAACAACAACAACACAGAGUUACAUAUGGAAUAAACAAAAUGUACAGUCAAAAACACAAUAGAAAAUCUAUAUACAGUGUGUGCAAAUGUAGUAAGUUAUGGAGGUAAGGCAAUAAAUAGGCCAUAGUGCAAAAUAAUUACAAUUAUAAUUUAGUAUUAACACUGGAGUGAUAUAUGUGCAGAAGAUGAUGUGCAAAUAGAGAUACUGGGGUGCAAAUGAGCAAAAUAAAUAACAAUGUAAAUAACAAUAUGGGGAGAAGGUAGUUGGGUGGGCUAAUUACAGAUGGGCUGUGUACAGGUGCAGUGAUCGGAAAGCUGCUCUGACAACUGAUGCUUAAAAAUAGUGAGGGAGUAAAGUGUCUCCAGCUUCAGAGAUUUUUGCAGUUCGUUCCAGUCAUUGGCAGCAGAGAACUGGAAGGAAUGGCGACCAAAGGAGGUGUUGGCUUUGGGGAUGACCAGUGAGAUAUACCUGCUGGAACGCAUACUACGGGUGGGUGUUGCUAUGGUGACCAAUGAGCUAAGAUAAGGUGCGGAUUUGCCUAGAAGUGAUUUAUAGAUGACCUGGAGCCAGUGGGUUUGGCGACGAAUAUGUAGUGAGGGCCAGCCAACGAGAGCGUACAGGUCACAAUGGUGGGCAGUAUAUGGGGCUUUGGUGACAAAACGGAUGGCACUGUGAUAGACUACAUCCAAUUUUGCUGAGUGGUAAGCAAGUUAGGUCCAAAAAAAUUAUUUUCACCAAGUCAAAUUAAUUUAUUGUGUUAGAGGUUUCAUGAUGCUUGUAUCUGAACCAAAGUAGACCAUUUUAAGAUUGUUCUAUACUUCCGCUGGAGUCUCUAUAACCUUCAAUAUGAGGUCCUAAACCUAGCAUGAAAGUGUAUCGUUGUAGCUGUGUGGGCUAAAAUAGUCAAAAUGUGUGCCUUUGGGUAAGUUGAGCCAAUGGCCAUGGGGUAAGUUGAGCCAAUGGUUGAGCCAAUGUCAAGUUGAGCAAAUUGAAGUGUUUUCUUCCCAGGCAUAAUGCAAGGCGUUAUCUCUGGGAUAUGAGGUAACAACAGGGCCUGGCCUAUGUUAAAAGUGUUAAAAAAAGUACAAGUGUUUGUUGGGUGUUAAGCCUCUGUUAAAAGAUGCUUAAAAUUAUUAAAAGACAAAAAAGCGAUUGUGAUUGUGUUGAAUUGUGUUUGGGAAAUAAAGAUAGACAUGGUUUUAAAAAGUUAGUGGUAAUAUUUCAUGCAGUACAGAAAUGUGAAGGCAGCUUAACUUACCCUGUCCUGUGGCUCAACUUACCCCAUACCCGGGGUAAGUUCUGCCAAGAGACCACUUUUUUUGGACAGCUAUGUUUUCAAAACUAUAAAGUUUACAUGAAUUCUGAUUAUUUCCAUGGAUACACAACAUCCUGAAAUAUACACUGAGUGUACAAAACAUUAGGAACACCUGCUCUGUCCAUGACAUAGACUGACCAGGUGAAUCCAGGUGAAAGCUAUGAUCCCUUAUUGAUGUCACUUGUUAAAUCCACUUCAAUCAGUGUAGAUGAAGGGGAGGAGACAGGUUAAAGAAGGAUUUUUAAGCCUGGAGACAAUUGAGACAUGGAUUGUGUAUGUGUGCCAUUCAGAGGGUGAAUGGGCAAGACAAAAGAUUAAAGUGCCUUUGAAUGGGGUAUGGUAGUAGGUGCCAGGCACACCGGUUUGAGUGUGUCAAGAACUGCAACACUGCUGGGUUUUUUAUGCUCAGUAGUUUCCGUGUGUAUCAAGAAUGGUCCACCACCCAAAAGACAUCCAGCCAACUUGAAACAGUGGGAGGCAUUGGAGUCAACAUGGGCCAGCAUCCCUGUGGAAUGCUUUCGACACCUUGUGGAGUCCAUGCCCCGACGAAUUGAGGCUGUUCUGAGGGCAAAAGGGGGUGCAACUCAACUUGAGGAAGGUGUUCCUAAUAUUUUCUACUCUCAGUGUAUGUACAGUGGGGAAAAAAAGUAUUUAGUCAGCCACCAAUUGUGCAAGUUCUCCCACUUAAAAAGAUGAGAGAGGCCUGUAAUUUUCAUCAUAGGUACACGUCAACUAUGACAGACAAAAUGAGAAGAAAAAAAUCCAGAAAAUCACAUUGUAGGAUUUGUUAUGAAUUUAUUUGCAAAUUAUGGUGGAAAAUAAGUAUUUGGUCAAUAACAAAAGUUUCUCAAUACUUUGUUAUAUACCCUUUGUUGGCAAUGACACAGGUCAAACGUUUUCUGUAAGUCUUCACAAGGUUUUCACACACUGUUGCUGGUAUUUUGGCCCAUUCCUCCAUGUAGAUCUCCUCUUGAGCAUUGAUGUUUUGGGGCUGUCGCUGGGCAACACGGACUUUCAACUCCCUCCAAAGAUUUUCUAUGGGGUUGAGAUCUGGAGACUGGCUAGGCCACUCCAGGACCUUGAAAUGCUUCUUACGAAGCCACUCCUUCGUUGCCCGGGCGGUGUGUUUGGGAUCAUUGUCAUGCUGAAAGACCCAGCCACAUUUCAUCUUCAAUGCCCUUGCUGAUGGAAGGAGGUUUUCACUCAAAAUCUCACGAUACAUGGCCCCAUUCAUUCUUUCCUUUACACGGAUCAGUUGUCCUGGUCCCUUUGCAGAAAAACUGCCCCAAAGCAUGAUGUUUCCACCCCCAUGCUUCACAGUAGGUAUGGUGUUCUUUGGAUGCAACUCAGCAUUCUUUGUCCUCCAAACACGACGAGUUGAGUUUUUACCAACAAGUUCUAUUUUGGUUUCAUCUGACCAUAUGACAUUCUCCCAAUCCUCUUCUGGAUCAUCCAAAUGCACUCUAGCAAACUUCAGACGGGCCUGGACAUGUACUGGCUUAAGUAGGGGGACAUGUCUGGCACUGCAGGAUUUGAGUCUCUGGCGGCGUAGUGUGUUACUGAUGGUAGGCUUUGUUACUUUGGUCCCAGCUUUCUGCAGGUUAUUCACUAGGUCCCCCCGUGUGGUUCUGGGAUUUUUGCUCACCGUUCUUGUGAUCAUUUUGACCCCACGGGGUGAGAUCUUGUGUGGAGCCCCAGAUCGAGGGAGAUUAUCAGUGGUCUUGUAUGUCUUCCAUUUCCUAAAAAUUGCUCCCACAGUUGAUUUCUUCAAACCAAGCUGCUUACCUAUUGCAGAUUCAGUCUUCCCAGCCUGGUGCAGGUCUACAAUUUUGUUUCUGGUGUCCUUUGACAGCUCUUUGGUCUUGGCCAUAGUGGAGUUUGGAGUGUGACUGUUUGAGGUUGUGGACAGGUGUCUUUUAUACUGAUAACAAGUUCGAACAGGUGCCAUUAAUACAGGUAACGAGUGGAGGACAGAGGAGCCUCUUAAAGAAGAAGUUACAGGUCUGUGAGAGCCAGAAAUCUUUCUCUCUUGUUUGUAGGUGACCAAAUACUUAUUUUCCACCAUAAUUUGCAAAUAAAUUAAUUAAAAAUCCUACAAUGUGAUUUUCUGGAUUAGUUUUUCUCAAUUUGACAUGUACCUAUGAUGAAAAUUACAGGCCUCUCUCAUCUUUUUAAGUGGGAGAACUUGCACAAUUGGUGGCUGACUAAAUACUUUUUUUCCCCACUGUAGAUGUCUUUGUUAGAAAGAAUACUAUAUUUCCCUUGACGGAGUGAUGCUGAAUGUAAAACAUGUCUUAACUUACUCCACUCUCCCCAUAACCUCACAUAACCCACAUUAGUAGUGAGUGCCUCCUAAAAUCAUCCCAGUCAGUGGUACAAAUGGAACAGUGUCUUAGAUUUACAUAAUGUGAGGUAGAGUAUGGAAUUGGGUGGAAUUGUCAAAUUAGGUCAUUGUAUUAAGUGAUUGUAUUAAUGUGGGGCGGGCCACAAUCCACUUCUUACAUAUUGUGAUUAAAAAUAGAAAACCAGUUGGGUCAGUCAGUGCUAUCAAAAUAGUCUGCAGGAAUAUUGGACAAUAUUAUUACAACUGAUAAGUCAUAAGACCAACCCAGACCGCUAAAGAUCACAGUUAGUCAGCUGUGCUCACCCAAACACAAGAAAUGCCCGCAUGUCAGCACACACACAAACAAUCAUCAAUCAUUUUGGCACUCUUACCUGAAAUAAGCUACUGUAGCUCAGGAAGGCUUUGACAGUUCUCCAUGUAACUGCCAUUUGGGUAAAUAAUACUAUAUGUUGAUAGUGGCACAUAGCAUUAUGUGCAGUUCUUCAUCAGCCUACAACACAUGAGAUCAAAUUAUUUUUUUCUGUCAUUUCGUAGAUGAUGUUCCAGAGAUGAGUCUGUUGGAUGUAUCUAAUGAUAAUACCGACUAUUGCUACAAUAUUAGACCACCAGGUCAGGAAUAAGCAAAGAGUGUUGGUCAUUCAAACAUGAAUGGUCAAACAAGCUUGGAUUUCAGCAUAUGUUAUAUCCCUCUGAAAACUUGCCUUAUACUGUAAAUAUCCAACUGAAACCGGAUCAACCAUGAAUAUGUCAUACAUUUUGUUAUAAUCAUGACACAAAUAUCCAAGUGAAUAUAGCAAACUUAGAAAGAGAGACAAAAAAUCACAGGAAUUUUGAUUAUUCAAAUAAACAAAUCUAAAUGUUAUAAUGGCCAUAUAAGACUCCUUCUUUUAAACAGGCCACAGUAUAAGGUUGCAAUUCUUUGUGAAGAACAGCUUUCUCUCAAUGGUUUAAUCUUUUCUGGUUUGCAGGGAGACAGUAGAUGAGAAAUCUGGCAUAUUACAUUAUUGUCAAAAUCCUACACUUAUUUUUUUGAUAUUUUAUUCUCCAUUUGUUCUAUGAUUUGUAUGAUUAUAAACUGUAUUUCCACCUUCUCUGUUGUGAUAUAUGUUCAGCAAAGCCUAUAGAUUUUUUUUUUACAAUAAUAGAUUAUAACAUUAUACCUAUAGCAAGCAAGCAAGUUUAUUUAUAUAGCACAAUUCAUACAUCGAAGCAAUUCAAUGUGCUUUACAAAGAUGUUUAGCAAAAAUAAUGAAAACAUCAUAAUAAUAAAAAUACAAUAAAAAAACAUAUAAAGAUUAAAAAUUAAAAAUUAAAAAUGGGAUAAAAACAUAGGAAGCUAUAAGGCUAAACAGUGUGAUUAAGUUUAAGUGCUCAGUCGUAGGCACGUGAAAAGAGAAGUGUUUUUAACCUGGAUUUAAAAAUGUAUACGUUUGGGGCACAUCUAAGAUCUUCUGGUAGUUUAUUCCAGUUGUGUACAGCAUAAGUGGUAACGCAGCUUCUCCAUGUUUAGUUUGGGCUCUGGGCUCUACUAGCUGACCUGUGUUCAUGGAUCUAAGCACCCUGCUCGGUUUAUAUUCUUCAAACAUAUCAGACAUGUACUCGGGUCCUAAACCAUUCAAAGAUUUAUAAACUAAAAGCACCACUUUGAAAUCAAUUCUGUAACUGACUGGAAGCCAAUGUAAAGAUUUAAGAACCGGAGUGAUGUGCUCCGUUCUCUUGGUCCUGGUUAACAUUCUAGCAGCUGCAUUCUGAAUGAGCUGCAGCUUUUUUACAGUCUUUUUCGGGAGUCCUAUUAAGAGGCCAUUACAGUAUUCAACCCUACUAGAGAUAAAAGCAUGGAUGAGCUUCUCUUGAUCUUUUUGGGACACCAAGCCUUUGAUUCUGGCUAUAUUUUUUAGAUGAUAGAAUGCUGUUUUGGUGACCGCUUUGAUAUGACUGUUAAAUGUGAGGUCUGAGUCUAUCAGAACACCAAGAUUACGCACUUGAUCGCUGGUUUUAAGGACCCGAGAAUCCAGCUCUAUAGACACUAUUCAUAUAAAUGAAUGAUAUAUCAUAAAAUAUAGCACCAGGAAUAUUUGGUUAAUCGUUUGUACACAUACAGAGUAGCAACACAAGCCUUUUGUUGGAUAUAAAAAUGUAAAAUACAUGUUUUUAAGUAAAUAGUUGACCAAAUAAUUAUCAAUACUGCUUGCCUUGCGAAUCAGCAUUUGGGUUCAAAGUCACUGAGAGUGAUCACUUCGCCAAGGGGAACUCAAUUCCUCAGGAGCCCCAUUGGGACUAGGGGACUAUCCCACCUUGACCGCUGUAGACUGACUGACUCAUUAACCCUGCAGUGCCUCUCACGACGAAUGGCAAAAGCUGCACAGCACACACACAUACACACAUGCACAUGAUUCAGCUAGGCAGCUAGCCCAAGCAGCCCUCUCUAAUGCACAGCCCUCCCCUCUCUCCUCAGCUCCUGAACUGCCUGACACCUGAGGAGAACACAGGAUGCCAGCACGGUCUGUACUUCCAGGACGGAGAGAGGCGGGUUGACUACAUCCUCACCUACCACAUCAAAAAGCCCAGCAGCUCCCGCUCCAACCGACAAUCCUCCCGCUUCACUGACAAUGCCUUCACGCGGAGCCUCCGCCGUGGGACGGCCAGGCUUGGACGUGCGCCACCCCCUCAGCCCAGAGGUGACCCGGAGGUGGCCUCCCAAGACCACAGCAUGGACUACCACGAGGACGACAAGCGCCUCCGCCGGGAGGAGUUCGAGGGUAACCUCAGGGAUAUGGGCCUGGAGCUGGAGAAGGAUGAGGAUGUGAGUUGCUUGUCUACGGCUUCUCUGUUCUGUUCUUUUUUACCAAACCCACUCAAUAUUAUCAGCAAUAUCCAGCCAGAUCUAGCGUUAGCUAGCGUUAGCUGUGCGUUAGCUUAGUGCAGAGAGGGGAGAGCAUUCCACACAACACAACAUCGCUGCACCUCUAAAGUCUUUGUUUUCCAGCUGGCUGGUGGAUCAGGGGUAUUUUUGUCUUUGGGCUUACGUCAGCCAGUUUGCCUGGAGCCCCCACCAAUAACAGUACACAAAAGAUACAUUGUACUUUGGUACAGCACCAGCAGAAACUGGCCUAUAGAGGGCUAGCAGGACUAGCAGCAGGGGGAUGGGUAACCAGGGUAACCGGGGUAACCAGGGUAACCUUUUAAUCUGCCUGGCUACUGUCAUUGGUUUGUUUGUUGGAUUUAUUUUGAAACUACAUUACAGAACCAACCGCAUCAUUAGUCUGUUAUCUGAAGAGGGUUGUGUUUCUCACACCUCACAAUUUUGGGGUUUCCUUGAAAAUGCCAUGAUAGGCUUCAAUUGAGUCUUUUUAAUUAAUUAGCGGAUUUGGUUGAUUUUGUGGUCUCAAACCAGUAGGCUUACUAACAUUCUUCAUCAAGAAUAUGGGCAAAAUUGAUUAUUGACAAUGGAGAAGGUGGAAAUGUUGUUCCCUUGUCAUAUAAAUUGCACAUUUACUAUCACUAUAGCAUAAAAUAAGCUUUCCAGUUGGCUUUUUUGUUUGUUUUAUGAUGCGAAUAUUGGGUUACAACUGAGACAACCUGGUCCAAUUUGGGUUCCGAGGCAAAACCAGUUGAGUUUUGACUGGUUUUGACUCAGAGCCUACCCUGCUUACCCCUUCAAAGUAGGAAGAUACAUAUGCAAAUGAAAAUAGAAGAUGACUGGUCAUUGGUUACAAUAAUCAGAUCAGAUUGUAAUGUCAUGAUCUGGCCCAAAAACUCCAUCCCACCUGAACAGGCUGGAAUUCCAGGAUUUUUUUUCAAACAGCUCUUACACAAAAAGGGCAUCAUCCAAAUGUUCACAAUUACAGAGUGUCAUUUCGACCUCAUAGUGUGAAAAUAUCAUAAACAAAUAGGAAAAUCUAGUUUUUAACUGCACUGCCCCUUUAAACAUUACAUAAGUAAUAGCAGUGUUAUGCUUUAUUUUUCUUAUUCAAAGCCUAUGCAUUUAGAAUUCAAAAUCACUAAUCAGGAUCAAAAGAUGAAUCUCUCGUGAAGAAAAGUUGGGCAGCCAUUGAAUCAACUUGUUGGAUUAGAUGUCAUGAGAGUGAAUGAAAAAGGGAAACCCCUGUGUAGUUCCAGUGGUAGUCUUGUGGUGCGUUGACCAACAGUAAUCUGUCAUAGACAGGACCUGAGGAUGUCAUGAGGGUGAAGUCCAGUAAUAUGAGACUAAGUCAGUCCAAGUGCUGAGGAUGGCAAGAUGACAGCUGCCAUGGUGGCUCUCUUUACCCAGACAGGGACAGACAGGGCAGGGCAUGGAUGGCUCUGUGGAAGGAUCACACCAUGCACAUACACACACACACGUGCGCGCGCACACACACACGCGCCGCACACACACACACACACACACACACACACACACACACACACACACAGCACCAGGCAAGCAGCGCACACUCUCACACAAUCUCACACAUACAAAGGGCAUGUUUUCAAUGAAUGUGUGAGAAAGAGAGACAUAUGUCAAGUGUUUUUGGGGACUUUGUGACAGACAGGGUACACGCAAGAUUUGGUUCUGGGUGCCAACACCCACUGUGUUAUAAAUCACUGGUUAUAAUUUCCACUUUGUCCCCAAAUUUCAUUCAAGCCACCAUUCUAUUAACAAAGUGUUUCCCUUGUGGUUAUUGUGUCAGACUGUUCACCGUGGGGGGGAAAUAUAGAGAAUAAUCUCUGUCUUAUGAUUUUAGUGGAGAGGGGAGUAAUGUUUAGGUAUUUUAUAAUUUAUUGUCAUCGCCCGUCCUUUGUGGAGUUAGUUGAUUAAAACAGCCGCCCUAAGUAUUAUAGAUCAUUAAAGUGCUGUUGGCUAUACUAAUCUGUCUAUAGAGGACACUUAGUGGGACUAAUUCACAUCUGUAUCUAAUAGAGGGAGGGACACUGGGAUGGGACUGAAGUGGGAAGGAAGGAAGCAGAGGUGGUGAUGGGAUGUGGAGGAGUGUGAAUGUUUGGGAUUCAAACAAUGAUGGGAUUCAUGGGAACUUUCGCUAGGAAACCCAUAUUAACUAAUCUUGACCUAUGUUUCUAUAACAUUCUAGUUGUCUCUGAUUCUCAAACAAGAAUGCAAUGUCAUGUCUGACAGUGCGAGACUACAUUAUAGUUGACUGGAUGUCUUUUAGAUCUGCAGGCCUACAUUCAAUACUUGUUGCAGCAUCACUUGUUAUUAAGGUGUGUUGGGCCAAAGAAAACUAGUACAAAUGAAGUAGGACCUGCACACACGGUUGCUCCACCACAUACCUUUAUAAUAAUAAUAAUAAUAAUAAUAUGCCAUUUAGCAGACGCUUUUAUCCAAAGCGACUUACAGUCAUGCGUGCAUACAUUUUUUUUGUGUAUGGGUGGUCCCGGGGAUCGAACCCACUACCUUGGCGUUACAAGCGCCGUGCUCUACCAGCUGAGCUGGUUACACAACCACAUUUUAAUCCAAGACUGGCUCUAUCAAAACCUCUAACUGUGUCCAUGAGUGGUCUGUGUGUUUUACAAUGUGAUGGUGGGAACAGGAUACAUGAUGCAGUCUCACAAACGCUGUCGCAUUCCUAAAUCACUUCUGAUUAAAUGCUGCUCUGAGUACUCAAACUGAUUCAGCCUAUAGAUACCACUGACGCCGCCACGUCUUGAGCUGUUGAAAAUGUCACUCCUCUAAUGUCUCAGACAUGGUGACAUUUGUCGCUUGACAUACAGUACACAGUACAGAGGCAUGUCAAGUCCGAGGUACUUUGAUAAGAUGUUAUGCAAAGACUGAUGAUCUGUAUCAAAAACAAACAUGAUGCUGGCUCUGAAAGAGACACACAGAGGCUCUAUAUUGAAGGAGAUAUUGAAGAUGAGAGAUUGUGACAAAGGCUGUUAAGACAGUCGGUUGUUCCAGGGAGAUCAAAGUUAGAGACUGUGUUUUGUUUAAGAUUCUGCGUCCCCUGUUACUAAUGAUGCUUGUCUUAGCUCUAUUGGAGACAAUAUAAACUGAGAAAGCCUGUAACAGUUGGUUGUUUAGAAUUUGAGAUAAAAGUUAGAGGCCAUCCCCUGCUAGUGAUGCUUGUCUUCUCACAGGAGGAGCUGCACAUUGGAACAGAUGUUCUGUGCUAUACCAUCUCAGUGGGGGAAUGAGCAUCUCAGUAACCACUGAUUCCAUGUAAACAAACAAACUAACUAACCAUGAUAUCCUGGGGGUCAUAACUGGGUAACUGGGUGACAGCAGCAUCAAAACCUUCACAGUGAAUCCCUCCUGUGUUGAUGUUGUUCAACGCACAUACAGUAUUGUGAAAUAAUAUUUGUGUUGGUACUAGUUUGAACUUUCUUUUGUCAUUGUCCUAGAUUCAAAUAUUUACAUUAUCAAGAGACUUGUUUGUAUUGAUGAGGAUGUGUUUCUAUAGAAUGGUAGCAGAUUUCUCUCAUGAUUUCCCAUGGUGUCUCUUUGUCUCUGUGCCAUAAGUAGCCUUCAGUUCCCAGACAUUGUUUUGAUUGAACUGACUAUAGAAGAGGGAUUUGUUUGGAGAGACUCCAUUGUUUACCCAACUGUCAUCCAGAUGAAUGUAUUGCUUUCCUUAAUGACGAGAUAAACGCAUGCAUUUCUUUCAUUCUUUCAGUUUGUUGCCUUUAUACAUACCUCUAAUGUUUAUGCCUUCAUGUCAUGUACUGUUGUUGGUCUAGCAUAGAAAGGGACAUAUUUGUAACAAACCUUAAACUUCCAUUUUAUGAAAGUUUAUUUUAUGAAAUUAAUCUGUUCUGUGUUUAUUUCAGACUAAAACUCCAGGUGUGGGCUUUGUGAAGAUUCAUGCUCCAUGGCAUGUGCUCUGUCGAGAGGCAGAGUUUAUGAAACUCAAGAUGCCCACGAAAAAAGUAAGUUAACUGUCGAAUGACGUGUAAAGCUUACUAGCUUCUCCAAUGAGCUUUGAGAGGGAGGCAAGGAACCAGAGGAAACAAGGACGUAGGAAGCAGGGUUUUGACAGCUAGUAACCUUUUCAGACACAGACCUAAUGCUAGCCAUUCUCAUUCUCUCUGACCUGUUUGUGCUCUGGUUAACCUCCUGGUGGUUUUCCAGUACUGUAUGUAUAAGACCUGAAUAUAUAUAUCUAUAUAUUGUAGGUACACUAUAUAUACAAAAGUAUGAGGACACCCCUUCAAAUUAGUGGAUUCGGCUAUUUCAGCCACACCCGUUGCUGACAGGUGUAUAAAAUCGAGCACAAAGCCAUGCAAUCUCCAUAGACAAACAUUGGCAGUAGAAUGGCCUUACUGAAGAGCUCAGUGACUUUCAACGUGGCACCGUCAUAGGAUGCCACCUUUCCAACAAGUCAGUUCGUCAAAGUUCUGCCCUGCUAGAGCUGCCCCAGUCAAACAUCUAGGAGCAACAACGGCUCAGCCGCGAAGUGGUAGGCCACACCAGCUCACAGAAAGGAACCGCGAGUGCUGGAAGCAACAUCAGCACAAUAACUAUUCGUUGGGAGUUUCAUGAAAUGGGUUUCCAUGGCUAAGCAGCCGCACACAAGCCUAAGAUCACCAUGCGCAAUGCCAAGCAUUGGCUGGAGUGGUGUAAAGCUUGCUGCCAUUGAACUCUGGAGCAGUGGAAACGCGUUCUCUGGAGUGAUGAAUCACUCUUCACCAUCUGGCAGUCCGACGGACGAAUCUGGGUUUGGUGGAUGCCAGGAGAAUGCUACCUGCCCGAAUGCAUAGUGCCAACUGUAAAGUUUGGUGGAGGUGGGAUAAUAGUCUGGGGCUGUUUUUCAUGGUUCGGGCUAGGCCCCUUAGUUCCAGUGAAGGGAAAUCUUAACGCUUCAGCAUACAAUUACAUUCUAGAUGAUUCUGUGCUUCCUACUUUGUGGCAACAGUUUAGGGAAGGCCCUUUCCUGUUUCAGCAUGACAAUGCCCCCGUGCACAAAGCGAGGUCCAUACAGAAAUGGUUUGUCGAGAUCGGUGCGGAAGAACUUCACUGGCCUGCACGGAGCCCUGACCUCAACCCCAUUGAACACCUUUGGCAUGAAUUGGAACGCCGACUGCGAGCCAGGCCUAAUCGCCCAACAUCAGUGCCCGACCUCAUUAAUGCUCUUGUGGCUGAAUGGAAUCAAGUCCCUGCAGCAAUGUUCCAACAUCUAGUGGAAAGCCUUCUCAGAAGAGUGGAGGCUGUUAUAGCAGCAAGGGGGGGGGGACCAACUCCAUAUUUAUGCCCAUGAUUUUGGAAUAAGAUGUUCGACAAGCAGGUGUCCACAUACUUUUAGUCAUGUAGUGUAUAUCUAUAUAUUGUAGGUAUAUGAACUGAAAGUACAUCUUUAUAUUGUAGAUAUACGAACUGAAGGUAUAUCUAUAUAUUGUAGGUAUAUGAACUGAAGGUAUAUCUAUAUAUUGUAGGUAUAUGAACUGAAGGUAUAUCUAUAUAUUGUAGGUAUAUGAACUGAAGGUAUAUCUAUAUAUUGUAGGUAUAUGAACUGAAGGUAUAUCUAUAUAUUGUAGGGAUAUGAACUGAAGGUAUAUCUAUAUAUUGUAGGUAUAUGAAGUGAAGCAGAGUACGGGUGUUGGGGCGAAGAUCAACACAUUGGUAAACAAAGCGACAGAACCACUCCAUCCCAACGUGGAGGAUAACAGGACACAAAACGUUAAGCAUCUCUCCUACAUGUUCUCCAGAGAAAAACAACACUUGUGAGUAAAUACUGUAUGAUAAUAUAGGGUAUACAGGACUGUAUAGACUGUAUACAUGUACGGUGACAUAUGGACUUCAAUUUCUGCUCCAAUCCAUCUUGGAAUCAAGGACAUUUAAUGCACUUUAAAUGUAUAUGUCUAGUGGCAUACGGCAUGGCAUGUGGUGGCAUAUGCCUGUUGGCACACAUUGAGGACAGGCAAGAAAAAUAGCUGAAGGCAUAUACGUAAUUCUGAAGGCUUGUAUACAUGACUAUAUACAGUAUGUCUUCCAAUUACAUAUACAAAAAUGGUCUCUAAAAUUCCAUUCCUGCUCCUAUCCAUCUUUGUUUAGGGGCAUUUAAUGCACAAAAUCUAAUUGACAACUGUAGUGGCGUACGGUAUAGGAUGUGGCAUACCCAUUGACACCCACUGAAGACAGAACAGAACAAUAGCUGAAGGUUUGAGGGUCUGACGGCUUGUACAAUGACAGAACAUCAAUAAUAACUGUGAAACAGUUUAGGGGAUGUAAACCAUUUCCUGGAAAUACAGAGGGCCGAGCUGAACCCGUAAUCGCGUAAAGCUUCCUGCAGAGACUUACCGGGAAAGACAAACAUACCAGCUCACACUGCAUGAUCGAGCCCAGAAGCAGAAGUCAAAUAAUCAUGAUGUUGAUGUUGUGUUUAAUGUUAAAAAAGAAAGGGCCUAUCAGCUUUGAAUCUUACUCAAACAACGUAUCUGUAAGGGCAUGAGCUAUAAACAGGGUUAUUUCUGCAACAAUUUGUUUUGUUGGUUUAUUUGGUGUAGAGAUUGGAUGGCUGUCUAUUCUGAGCUAUUGGCCUAACACUGGAGGCUAUGCUAUUCCAUCCCUGCUAUCUAUUAAUCUGGUCUGCUGUAACUAUGCUUACCAUAACAAUCCCCCAUGGGUUAUCUAUGACAGGUCUGUAAGACCUUUAAAGACCUUUGGGCCCUCUGGUCUCUGGGCGGGUUAGCCUUUUGUCCCAGAUCUGUUUGUGCUGUCUUGCCAACUCCACACCACGUGACAGUGACCAGCAGGAACUGAUCUGGGACCAGGCUUUGUCCGGGCUGCCUAACCACUGACAUCCUCUCUAUAAUGGGUUUCAUUACACCUCUGUGUGUUAAGCAGGAAGGUGUUUAUUGUAUGCUGAUACUUCACUAACAAAGAGUGUCUGUUUAUAAUGUGGUUAGAUGGCUGCAAAGACAGCCUGCCCUUAUGUACCCAGUUAAUGCUACCGUCUCUCUCUCUCUCUCUCUCUCUCUCUCUCCUCUCUCUCUCUCUCUCCUCUCUCUCCUCUCUCUCUCUCUCGUCUCUCUCUCUCUCUCUCUCCUCUCUCUCUCUCUCUCUCUCUCUCUCUCUCUCUCACUCUAUCAAUUCAAUUUCAAUUCAAUUUAAGGGGCUUUAUUGGCAUGGGAAACAUAUGUUUACAUUGCCAAAGCAAGUGAAAUAGAUGAUAAACAAAAAUUAAUUAAACAAUACAAAUAUGAACAGUAAACAUUACACUCACAAAAGUUCCAAAAGAAUAAAGACAUUUCAAAUGUCAUAUUAUGUCUAUAUACAGUGUUGUAAUGAUGUGCAAAUAGGUAAAGUACAAAAAGGAAAAUAAAUAAACAUAAAUAUAGGUUGUAUUUACAAUGGUGUUUGUUCUUCACUGGUUGUGCUUUUCUUGUGGCAACAGGUCACAAAUCUUGCUGCUGUGAUUGCACACUGUUGUAUUUCACCCAGUAGAUAUGGGAGUUUAUCAAAAUUGGAUUUGUUUUAGAAUUCUUUGUGGGUCUGUGUAAUAUGAGGGAAAUAUGUGUCUCUAAUAUGGUCAUACAUUUGGCAGGAAGUUAGGAAGUACAGCUCAGUUUCCACCUCAUUGUGUGGGCAGUGUGCACAUAGCCUGUCUUCUCUUGAGAGCCAGGUCUGCCUAUGGCGGCCUUUCUUAGUAGCAAGGCUAUGCUCACUCACUCUCUCUCUCUCUCUCUCUCCGUGUCUGUGUGUGUGUGAGUGUGUGUUUCUUCAUAACAGGUUCGAUUUAUCAGACAGAGACUCCUUCUUUGACAGUAAAACAAGAGCUUCAAUAGUAAGUGUCAUUGUGUCAUCCAAAUCCCCCAUGACAGUAGACUGUAGACUGCUAUCAUUGCAACCAUUAGUCACAGUAGAUCAUCUCAGUUUAUUCAUGGGAACCGUAAUAGGAAUGUACUGUUCUGUAUGUACGAUUUGUUCAAAUGUUUUCUUAUUCUUCCCUUAUCAGGUUUUUGAAGUAUUGAAACGUACAAAAUGCACAAAGGCUAAGUAUAGUAUGGGUAAGUUAUAAGAGUCUGCUUUGUUUUAUAUACUCAGUGUCCAAGAGGGCUUUUCCCUUCUGUGUAGCUUAAGCCUUAUGCACUACAUGCAGGAUGUGUCUUGCAACAAGAAUGUGGAACGGUAUGCAGUGUGUGUUUGAGUGUGUCUGUAUUUUAUAACCUAUAUGCCUGUAAAAUGUGUGCUUGUUUGUGUGAAAUGUUACAGUAACACAGGAAUAGUCACGUAGCCUAAACUCAGAUUCUCAAAUGUACCUUUAGACUUUUAAAAUGGUACCUCUGGGUUGACGCUAGUACCACUGGUACCAACCAUAAGUUGAUGUACUUUGAUGUGCCAAAAGCAGUGACUAAAGACCAACAGAAUUACUAGGUAUUUCAUUUGGAUUUAAAACACGGUACAACUUCCCCAUGUCUCUGCCUCUAGGGCUCACCAGCCUGCUAGGGAGUGGAGUCUACACUGAUGCUUAUCCACUACAUGAUGUGAGUACUCAUUGCAAUCUGCGUAAUUGUGUUUACAAUAAAAUACAUCUUUAUUGAACAAUUUGCAUCAGAAACGUAUAUCUUUGCUGUCUUGUGUUAUUCCCAACCCCCUGGACACCACACAUACUUCUGUUUGACAACAUAUGAGACAUGGGAGUCAAUUCCACUGCUGAGUGCUGAGUGCUGACUAUACAAUACAGUUAACUGACAACUUGACUGUAUAUGAUUAGUAGACGUUUUAAUAGGCAUCGUUGAGUCCAGUCGAAUAGGUCAUGACGAGUCACAUUGAGUAGGCAUGUUGAAAACUAAUCUGGACAAAUCACAAGAUCUCUGUUUUAUUUGUUUUGCAGGGAGAUGUGGAUGGUGAAAACGUGGAGCCCAAUGAUAGG